GUUGACGUUAAUGAAGAAAAUUCUACUGACUACAAUCAGCUGGAGCAUGACCACCAAGUAGAUGCUAAUGAAGAAAUUUCUACAAGUUAUCAAGCACAGCGUGACCAUCAAGCAGAGAUUAACAAGGAAAAUCUUACUAGUUACCAGUUGGAGCUCGAUCAUGCAGGAGAUAUCAAAGAAAAAGAUUAUGUCACAUCUCAACUGCGGCAAGAUCAUCACGAAAACCUCAAUAAAGAAAAUUCGACAAGUUUCCAAGUGGAAUAUGACUAUCAAGCAGACAAUGAUAAGGAGAAUUCUACAAAUUAUUAUCAGCAAACCAGCGAUGAUUCUUCAUACAAUCGUGAAAAUCAAUCUUACCCUAUUAUAUUACCAACUUACGAUGUAUAUUACAGUCAGGAAAAUGAACUAGAUUGGUUUUGGGGAUCAGAAGCAGAAGGCAGUGACGAGUGCAAUGACGACAAAAAAAGUAGUAGCCCGGCAAAAACGAAUAGUUCGAAUGAAAUUCCAGAUUCAGCAAAUAUCCCAAAAAGUACUGCAGAUAGUAUAAAACCCACAGUAUCGACAUCGCAGGACCAAUAUUUUUACCAAAACUUUAAUUUGUAUUCAGGAUUACCUUCAAAUACAGAUCAUGAUGGAACUCAAAUCAAAGGCAAUCAAUUUACUAGGGAUCACGGAACACCACAAUGCUCAACAGCUGGUAAUUCUGGUAACAUGCCAUCAUCAAGUCUAGAAGCAGAAAGAAAAAAAACGGUAACUGCUCCCGAACAUACAAAAACAUCGCAAGCGCAAAUGCAAUCACCAGCCACAUCUUUCACCGAAUACACUCAAUAUGACCCCAAUUCAGUACCAAAUAUACUCCCUCUACCCUUCAUAUCUUCUCACACUCUAUAUCCCGUACUACGAGAUCAUCUUGCAGCCUUACAGCAGUGUUUGCCUCAUCAACUAACACAGGCCUCGCAGUCUUCAACUACUACUUCUCAAAAUGCAACUACUACGCCUCAGAGUGUGACCACUUUUCCUCAAUAUUUAAAUGCUCAGUUAGCUAACUAUAGUUCCUGUGACUCUAACGUAAUAGAUAACAAGUUAAUUGUAAUACCUAAAGGAAGACCAGUAUUAUCUUCAAUUUAUUCCUCUUUCACAUUAUCAUAUGAGUUGAUUGGCAAAGAUCCAAACCAUGAUGACAACUUAUGCAUUAUUUGUGACGAUAAAUCUUCGGGAUAUCAUUACGGUGUAAUCUGUUGUGAAGAUUGCAAGAUGUUUUUUCGGAAGUCAGUUGAGUUAGACUUACCUUAUAUCUGUUACAAGCAAGGAAGAUGUUCAGUUGAUCGAAAAGUCCGUAACAGAUGUCGGGGAUGUCGUUUCAGUAAAUGCCUUCGAGUUGGUAUGCGGCGUGAGCUAGUAUUGUUGGAUCGUAUUCAAAGAAGAUUAAUAAAGGAUGACGACUACAAUAGAGAAGACGUCAAAGAUUUGGACGAAACGCUAGAACUAGCGCAAGUAAUCAUUGGAAUGUAUAGAAAAGUAUUUCCAUCAACAUUAACUAUCAGCAAUGAAACAGAUGCUAUUGAACGAGUGCAUUAUUUUUAUAGUAAAAUACCACAAAUUGCGCGGAUCAAUGAAAUUGAUCACGAAAUGAUCGUAAAUAAUGGCGUUAAAGUAGCUCUGGUAAUUUUAGCUCAAAUUUUAUGA